UUUUUUUGCUUCUCUGGAAACGUCUCUGAACAAGACCUUGACCUCUGUUUUAUAGAUUUCGAUCCUAGCGACGAUAAGAAGGCGGUGGAUUCAAAUACAAAUAGCCCAAUAGAAUUCAAAGACGGGAGCUUUGAAGCAAUUGUUUCGUUUAAUUCAAUUCUUUAUAACGACAAUUACUCUCAGAUUGUUUGAAUGAGAAACCCUCCUCCGUCUUUGCUGUCCCUCACCGUCAACGCCGCCGUGUUAAACCUCUCCCGCAUCAACGAUAUCUCCCAUCUGCCUGAUCACAUCAUCCUUGACCUCUUCGCGAGGACACUGAAAGCUGGGAAAUUGAAUGAGAGAGUUCUGAGACUCUUUAUGGCAUCUGGAAACGAAGAGGUUCUUUCUAUUAUCGACGCCCUCAAAAUCAAAAUCAGUGUUUCCCCGAUCCUUCCUACUCGAUGUCAUGAAAAGUUUAGAUUGAACGGGACGAGGCGUUAGGUGAAAGGUGAAUGAUUAUCGCGCGAUGAGCGAGUUUGGAAACUUGGUCUGAUGUGUUAAAAGGUUAGUUCCUGAUUGCAGUUUUCGGAUAAUAUAGGCAGACACAAACAAUCUGGACAACUGCAGAGAUACUUUGUCAGAUUGAGGUCUUUUUUAUUCUUCUCUUUGUGUGUAAAUAUAUUAAACGAAAGGGGUCAAAUUAUAAUAUAAGCUUCUUUGUUUUUCCCUAUGAAAUUUUAUGCAAUCAUGUAAGCUUUUUGUUUGCUGCAGAGCUCUGUUAUAGGCUUCUAAUUUUUAUAGUUUGGUUAUCUGUUGUCCAAGUCAA